UCUCCAGUAGACUGAUCGCUCCUGGUUGGCGGCUGGAGUUGGAACUACCCGGGCUUGCCUGUGCUCUCCUAACUUUCCACAUGGUUUCGGUGACCAGGGCCGCGUUUGGAGACCUGCCCUCAGGGGCAGGAACGGUGGAGAAGUUCCAGCUGCAAUCAGACCUGCUGAGAGUGGACAUCAUCUCCUGGGGCUGCACCAUUACGGCUCUGGAGGUCAAAGACAGGCAGGGCAGAGCCUCUGAUGUGGUGCUCGGCUUUGAGGAGUUGGAAGGGUACCUCCAGAAGCAGCCCUACUUUGGAGCAGUGAUUGGCAGAGUGGCCAACCGAAUUGCCAAAGGAACCUUCUCGUUGGACGGGAAGGAGUACAAGCUACCCCUUAACAGACCACCCAACAGUCUGCAUGGCGGAGUCAGAGGGUUUGAUAAGGUCCUCUGGACCCCUCAAGUGCUGUCUAAUGGUGUCCAGUUCUCACGUGUCAGUCCAGAUGGUGAGGAGGGCUACCCUGGAGAAUUGAAAGUCUGGGUGACAUACACGCUGGACGGUGGGGAGCUGGUGGUCAACUAUCGUGCGCAGGCCAGUCAGACCACACCUGUCAACCUCACCAACCAUUCUUACUUCAACCUGGCAGGUCAGGGUUCCUCAAAUAUAUAUGACCAUGAAGUCACUAUAGAAGCUGAUGCUUUUUUGCCAGUAGAUGAAGACCUGAUUCCUACAGGACAAGUUGCUUCAGUGCAGGGAACUGCAUUUGACCUGAGGAAGCCAGUGGAGCUUGGAAAACACCUGCAGCAGUUCCACCUGGGUGGAUUUGACCACAAUUUCUGUCUGAAGAGAUCUAAAGAAAAGCAUUUUUGUGCACGGGUCCAUCAUGCCGGAAGUGGGCGGGUGCUGGAAGUGUACACCACCCAGCCAGGGGUCCAGUUUUACACAGGCAACUUCCUGGAUGGCACGCUAAAGGGCAAGAGUGGAGCAGUCUAUCCCAAGCAUUCUGGUUUCUGCCUCGAGACCCAGAACUGGCCUGAUGCCGUCAAUCAGCCCCACUUCCCGCCUGUGAUGCUGCAGCCUGGUGAGGAGUAUGACCACACCACUUGGUUCAAGUUUUCUGUGGCGUGAGGAAGGCUAAAGACAUGACCUGUUCCGUGGACAGGCUGGCAGCCCCUUCAGCAGCUGGUGCCUGUCUAGAGAUGAGAUGAUUUAGAGCCUUUAAAAAUGAACCUAUGAAUUAAAACCAUACAAAUGAUGGCUAUCAUUAAAAUCAGUCUGAAAAGUGAUCCUGUGAAUUAUGAAAAUGGUAGCUGAAUGUUGAUUUUCUUUUCAAAUGAGUGGCUCCAGCCUCUCAAGUUCUUAAAGAGAAUUCAGCCUCCCAUGUCAUCUAAGCCCUGACGGAGCCCCAUGGUACCUGGGCACCCUUGUGCUGCGGCUGCUUCGUCUCUCCAACCUGCCUCUUUCUUUUCUGUUUUUCACCCUUAUCCUUGAUCAUAACUCACAUUCCUUUCCUUUUUCCUCCUCCCUCUGCCUCCAACUGCUUUGCCCUGGUGAGCACUCAGAGCAUUCAGAGGCCACAUCAGCUCAUUCAGCACACUGGCAGACAGACCUCUGCCUCAACAAGGCAGCAGAUGAAGUGGGAGGGGCUGAGGCUCAGAGGUACACGACCACCUGAAGGCACACAUGUAGGACUUGUGGUCAGGGAACUUAAGCUUCAUCUCCACUUUAGUCUGUCACCACAUUCCUAGGGCCACUGAUGGACAGGGAGAACGAGGAGGUGGUCCUUCCUUGGAAGGAACCUGGAACCUUCUUUCCAGGUUCAUAUUUACAUAAAGCAUCAGUUGCUUUUAACUGUCUCUGGGCCUUACAGGUGGUAAGACUUAGAGUGCAAGAUCACACUAUCAAGAGAAUCUGUGAUUCUUAACUGAGAAAACCCAGGCGAGCCAAGGCGUGGGAGGAAAGAUGCCAGUGGAGAGAGGAGCUGAGUAGUGGGGGCUGGGUCUUACCUGAUGACUGCAUGCAGCUCAGAGCAGACGUUGUAUCAUGCACAGAAGGCCAGGGGCUCCCUCGUCUACUGGACAACUGGAGCCAUAAUGGGGGGGUUGGGCUGAUGAUUUUUAAAACAAUGUAUUUGAUGCUGUA